AUGGCGUCCUUUCAGGCUCCUGUUAAAGCAGAAAGCAGGCCGGUGUUUACCAUCGAGAGGAUUCUGGGAUUGCAGCAGGAGAGACCCAGACACUUCCUGAAACUGCACCGACCCUGGACAGAUGUCGAUGUAGAGAAGGAGAACAGAGGAAGCAGCGUGUCCUUUAAACAACAACAACAGCAUCAUCUUCCUCAGCCGCUGAGCUGCAGACCAACAUCAAGCUGGUACAUCGGCCGUAGACCCCGCACAGCCUUCACCAACAGCCAGGUCAAAGUCCUGGAGUCGGUGUUCCAGAUGAACUGCUAUCCUGGGAUUGAGCUGAGGGAGCAGCUGGCCAGGAGGCUGGAGCUGGACGAGGACAGAAUCCAGAUCUGGUUUCAGAACCGGCGAGCCAAGCUGAGGCGCUCCCUCAGAGAGUCUCGUCUGAGGCUUGUUCAGACCGCCGUGGCUGACCUUCAGGUGGAACAGGAGAUCAUCAGAACUGGACUGAAGACCAGCAGGGACCAGAGAGGGGAUCACAACCUGGCCCUUCAUGUAGAGCUCAGGGUGGAGGAAGAGGAGGAGAGAUGCUGA